UUUCCAUUUUCAUUAAUAGAAAAUGAAUAAACGACGCAACACAAUAGCACCAUUUCCGAAGAAGAAUCAUUUCCCAAACGAAACAAUGGAGCGGGAAAACGAAAAUCAACGCGCCAUUUCAUUCCCGCUUAACACAACAACUACAAAUCCCUCAAUCUUCAUCUCAAUUUUCCAUUUCCAAUUUCCAAUCUCAAUCUUCAUCUUCAAUAUUCAACACUCCAAUUCUUCGAUUCUUGUUCUUGUUGUAAUCAUCAACAAUGCCUUCAAUUGCAUCUAAACGUAAACUCAGAUCUUCCGCAACAACACCUCUUCCAACCACCGCUUCUCCACCUACUCGUAAAUCUCCCCGCCGUUGCACCACUGCAACUCCUAAUUCUGUUACAACCGUAGUUCGCAAGAUCCUCACUGAUGAGAAUCAUAUCGAAUCGUGUGAACUUGAAUCUAAAUCCGUUAGAUCCCGAUGGAAUCCCAAAGACGGUGAGCAAUUGAGGAUGGUGAAGGAGGUAUUGCACUUGUCUACAGCACCGUCUACGAUGGUGUGCCGUGAGGAAGAGCAAAAUGUGGUGUUGGGAUUUUGUAAAGGUUGUGUUGAGCAUGAAAAGGCUGGGAGUCUUUACAUAUGUGGGUGUCCUGGAACUGGGAAAUCGUUAUCUAUGGAGAAAGUGAAAGUGAAUUUACGCAAUUGGGCUAUAGAGGGUGGUUUUUCAGUGCCGGAGGUUUUAUCUGUAAAUUGUACAUCCAUGUCAAAUACAACUGAUAUUUUCACAAAGAUACUUGGGUUACACAAAACCCUUGGUAAAAAGGAUUCAGGCACACCCUUAAAGCAACUUCAGAACUUGUAUUCUCAUAAAUCGCCUACAACAAACAUGAUAUUGAUAGUAGCAGAUGAAUUAGAUUAUCUAAUAACCAAAGACAGAGCUGUGCUCCAUGAUCUUUUCAUGCUCACCACAUUCCCGUUUUCCAGAUGUAUAUUGAUAGGUGUGGCAAAUGCAAUUGACCUAGCUGAUCGAUUUCUUCCAAGGCUUACUGCAUUAAAUUGCAAGCCUUCUGUUGUAACUUUUCGGGCAUACACUAAAGAUCAGAUCCUUAGGAUUCUUGAAGAGAGGCUAAAUGAACUUCCUUACAUUGUCUUCCAACAUCAAGCAUUGGAACUAUGUGCUAGGAAAGUUGCUGCAGCUUCUGGAGAUAUGCGAAAUGCGCUCUCUAUAUGCAGGAGUGCAAUAGAGAUGCUAGAAGCGGAAAUUAGAGAUUCUGCUUGCAAUUUGAAUACUUUGGAAGAGAAAUCAUCCUCAGAACAAAAUCUCCCUACAGCUCCGGAUUUUGUUAAAAAACAAGAAUUUGAUAUGGUAAGGAUUGAUCAUAUGGCUCUUGCAUUGUCCAAAACAUAUCGAUCACCAGUAGUGGAUACAAUACAAUCUCUGCCACAUCAUCAACAGAUUAUACUCUGCUCUUCAAUGAAACAUUUCCGUGGAUCGAAGAAAGACUCAAACCUUGGCGAGUUAUAUAAAUCUUAUGCGGGUAUAUGCAAAUCAUCACUAAUUCCCCCGGCUGGAAUCAUGGAAUUUUCAAACAUGUGCAGAGUGCUAAAUGACCAGGGCCUUAUUAAACUCGGACAAUCCCGAGAUGAUAAAUUGAGAAGAGUGACACCCAAAGUAGAUGAAGGAGAUAUCACUUUUGCAUUGCAGGGAAUCCGCUUUUUUCGAAAUUGUCUUCAAUGAUCAUCCUGCUUACUGGUGGUGGCCACAUUUUCAGAAGCAAGAGAUGUUAGAGGAAUUUUAUUUAUUUGUUCUAGAGCAAAAUAUAGCAAUUGAUGUAAUUGAUGUAAAACAUUAGUUAUAUAUAAUCUUUGAUUUCAGUAUUAUUAAUGUAAACAUUAUUUAUAUAUUUUUUGAUUUCACACCAAUAAAGUGAUUCUUUUCGCUGAACAAAAAAAGUGAUUCUUUACUCAAAUGAUUGAUUCAGCUAUAUGUAGGAGAAUUAGUUUUGCCUCCCAACC